CGGCUGCCGAGCUGCGCCACGUCUGCUCCGCCGGGUGAGGCCGGGCUCGGGCGGGUCCGCCGGGGUCUGCAGGGCCGGGGGCUCGUUACGGCUGUUCUGCCCCCUCACAACGCAGACAUGGCGGCCCAGAAGGACCAGCAGAAUGAUGCGGAGGCGGAAGGGCUGAGCGCCACGACCCUGCUGCCGAAGCUGAUUCCAUCCGGCGCGGGCCGUGAGUGGCUGGGGGGGCGCCGAGCGACCAUCCGGUCCUGGGGCGCCUUCGUGGACCAGCAGCGCUUCUCGCGGCCCCGCAACGUGGGCGAGCUGUGCCAGCGCCUGGUACGCAACGUGGAGUACUACCAGAGCAACUACGUGUUCGUGUUCCUGGGCCUCAUCCUGUACUGCGUGGUGACAUCUCCCAUGCUACUGGUGGCUCUGGCCGUCUUCUUUGGCGCCUGUUACAUUCUCUAUCUGCGCACGUUGCAAUCCAAGCUUCUGCUCUUUGGCCGAGAGGUGAGCCCAGCCCAUCAGUAUGCUCUGGCUGGAGGCAUCUCCUUUCCCUUCUUCUGGCUGGCUGGUGCGGGCUCAGCUGUCUUCUGGGUCCUAGGAGCCACACUGGUGGUCAUUGGUUCCCAUGCUGCCUUCCAUCAGAUCGAGGCUGUGGACAGGGAGGAGCUGCAGAUGGAGCCGGUGUGAGGUGUCUUCGAUGGCCUGCUGGCCUUGUGGGCUGGCUGCUCCAUCCCUGUCCAUCCUGUCUUCUACAGCUCAGCUUCUUGGGCCAAAGGCCCCCAUUCCAUCACAAGCCCAGGGAGGGAUUCUGCCUUUGAAAAUAAAGCUGUUAGAGUUGUCAUUCAGCAAA